AUGGCAGACGCAACUGAAGAAAUCUUCGCCGGCGAUUCCGAGGAGGACAUCGAAACGGUCAGGAAAAAGAUCGAGAAGAUUCGCCUGGAGAUCAUGGCGUACGGUGAGGGGGAGCACGAUUCGUACGAUCCGGAAAGUCUGCAGAAGGUGGAGUUUAAAAUCCAGAUCAACCGGGUUACGUUGAUCCUGCAGGAAAUGUCCGAAACGUUGGAGGUGCUCUUCAGCUUACCGUUGAUUUGUCGAAAUCAGGAACUCAUGGCGGAGCACUUUAAUGCCGAGGAACAGGACGUGCUACGGGUGCUGUGCAAGUAUAUGCGAUCUAAGGAUGAUGGAGGUGGUCCAGUUCCGGAAGUGGUCAACAUGGCCGAUUUCCAAUUUCCUUCGACAAAGUUCAUUGAGCUUGUGGACAUGAUCUCGAACAAGGAUCUUCACAAGGCUAUUGUGAAUCAAGUGAAGAAUCUACCAGGUGUCUACAGGAAAUUUCUGUCCAACAUUCGUGAAUUCCGCAAGUUCACGAUCAGCAAAAUGAACAUGACCGCCCAGAAGGAUCUGGCUAAGGAGAAGAUCCUGCACCGAAUGUGGCAAUCAAAUGAACGGAACAUGAAGAAAAUUGCCAAAAUCGAGCAGGUUUUGGACGAAAAACAGGCUGCCUUCCGCAGGGAAAUCGAAGAAAAGACAGCCAUCAUCGAAAAGUUUCGAGCUGACAUCAAACGGUUGGAGGAGCAGAGCAAGAAGCAAAUUACUGCGUUUAUUGACGGAUCGGAUCGGGAGAUGUUUCGUUAUUUUGAACUUAGCGAUCGAAGGUACGAGCAGCUACAUGAGGAAGCCAACCGUCUGAUAAAAGAGUAUCAGAAAACGCUGAAGGAAGAUCUUCGGGUGGAGAAGGAGAAUCGAUUGAAGAAGGCAACCCUGACUCAACAGUUACAGGUGUGGCUCAACAAGUACGACAAGGAUGCUGGAGCGAGGACCAAGGAACUGAAUGCUCUGUCGUAUACCCUAAGAACUCGCCAGGAGGAAUUCGAUAAGUGGAAGGGAACCAUGUUCGACCCACAGGAGAAGAAAUAUUUUGACGCUAUUGAAGAACGACGACUGGACGAACUGCACGCACACCAGGAGUCGGUUCACCUUUUCAUGAUGAACCGGGCGGCUAAAGUGCUGCAGCGCGCCUGGCGUUCGGUGGCCGAACGAAAGCGCAAAAUGCGGGGCCGUCGUGGUGGACGGCGCGGGAAGGGCAAAAAGUAA